AUGGCGAUGACGCUGCGCACCGCCGCCGUCCUCGCGCGCGGCGGGUUCGUCGAUUUGUUCAACACGAGCGUCGGGAUGCCCGAGGCCGGGGUGCCGACGAUGGCCGGAUUCGUCCCGCAGGCCGCGUUCGCGCGCGCGAGUGGGGUCUUAAAAGAGUCGUUUCGCCAAAGCGAUCCGCCGAUUUCGAUCCCGGUCGUCGCGACGCAUCGGAUCCACUCCUUGGCGGUCGCGGCGAAAUUGGUCGAGGCGGGGGUGUGCGAUCUCGUCGGCCUCGCGCGGCCCCUCCUCGCCGACGCCGGGUUCAUCGCGAAGGCGCAAAGAGGCGAGGUCGAUCGCAUCAUCCCCUGCAUCGCAUGUAACCACUGCGUGAAUCGGCUGUACAAACACCAACGCGUCGGAUGCGCGGUGAAUCCGAUCUCCGGAUGGGAGCUCGAGCGAGGAAACGAGGGCGUGGGGGAAGGAAGCGACGGCGUGGAAGCGGGGAAACCCGGUGAGGAGAAUCAAACGACCAACGGGCAAACGCGAAAGGAGCUCGUCGUGAUGCGGCGAAAGGCGAUCGCGGUGGUCGGGGCGGGGGCGGCGGGGGUUUCCUGCGCCCUCACCCUCGCCCGCCGAGGGCAUGACGUCACCCUCUUCGAGCGCGCGCCCGUCAUCGGCGGGCAGCUCCACCUCGCCAAGCAAGUCCCCGGCAAGGCCGCCUACAACGAUAUCCUCGUGUACUGGACAAAGGAACUCCAGAAAUCGACGAUUAACGUCCGACUCGAGACGGAGUUCACCCGCGAGGAGGUCGCGCGCAAUCACAACUUCUUCCACGCCAUCGUCCUCGCUAACGGGUCGAUCCCGCGGCCGAUCACCUCCCACGUCUUCCCGGGUGCCAGCGAAAGCGGCAUCGUCGUGCCCUUCUCGAAAAUUCUCGACGGGAGCGUCCGCGCGGGGCGGCGGGUCGCGAUUCUCGGCAACGGCGCGAUCUCCCACGACGUCGCGUCGUUUCUUCUCCACGAUCCCCGCGUCGCACGGCGCGUGGAGCUGUUUCUGCACGAAUGGGGCGUCAAUCUUGAAGAGGGCACAAUCCUCCCGCCGGAUCAUGCAAGAGAUCGCGCACCACGAAAUAAUCGCGAUGUGAUUCUUUUUAAUAAACCCGAUAAGGACGCCGAUCUCUCGUGGGGAACGGGGUGGGCGCAGAAGUUGUGGAUUCGAAACCACGGCGGGACGAUUUUGAAUCACGCGUUGAUUGAGAUGAUCGACCCGCACGGGAUUCACAUCUCUACCCUCCCGCCCGAUAACCGGAAGUUUUAUGUCGAAUGCGAUACGAUCGUGUGGUGUAACGGGAUGCUUCCGAACUUUUCCGUCGGAACGUGGAUUUAUGAAUGGAUGAAGGAUGGCGCGCGGAAACGUGGGGAGAUGAUCGGGGAUUUUAGCAUCUACUCGGCAGGAUCCUGUCGGGAUAGCUAUACGGGCGACGGCCACGGCGAGCAGGAUCUAAUGCAGGCUGUUCAUGAGGGCUACGAAAUCGGAUCGAAGAUUUAG